GCUUCUUCAAACCCCGGAUGACCACACCGCUUCCGUCACUUCUUCAACGCCAUACGGUCAAGACUGGUUGAGACGUUUGAGCCGACCAGCAACUUCCCACCCUUUUGAAGGCGUUCAUCGGUACAUCCAGUUAGGUUCCGCACCAGCCUUAGCAACUACUCCGCCUCUGUCAAUUCUCGAAUGUUGUCCAGCCAAGACGGAUAAUGACGCCUGAGUUAUUCAGCAACUUCCGACCCUCAAGAAGGCAUUCGUCAGUGUGUCUGGCUAGGCUUUCUGUGGCCGUUUCCACACCUUGUUGCUGCAUCGCGCAUAGCACAACAUCCAGUCGGAGAUCCUGUCUUGUCCAUGACGGUUUGGUGGAUUCGAGACCCGUGCGACCGAAAGAAACCCGUGGUGGCUCCUCUCCUUUCCUUGGUCCUUGUAAGUCACACUCCAGCUACCCGGCGCGGUAUGACACCACCAUGGCUAAGACAUUCCCAGCGACUCGGAACGACGACCAGCCUCUCUGCCUCUAUCGGGCCCGGAUCAACGACAUUGGCGACAGAGAUAAGUUUCCUUUCUGAAUACUAGCCGGCGUUGUCUUUGGUACUAAUCACCCUUCCUAGGACUCCUCGGCGGAGCGCUGCGUCGCCGACUCAUUGAAGCGGGAAGGUGUUUGGCCAAGCCAGGUUGGAGUGACCAAAAUAGGAGGAUGGAA